AUGACUUUUCCUACGUUUAUGCUAAUUGCUGUAAAUAAUAUAAUUGGCAUUUGUGAAUUAAAUCAUAUAUCAACCCGCAUUCCAAAUCUGUCUGAUGGCAUAGAAGCUGAAUUUUUGGAAAUACUGUCGAAAGCCCUGAAAUUCCGUUACAAACUUGUCGUUCCAGAGGAUAAACAAUGGGGCGCGAAACAGCCAAAUGGAAGCUGGACAGGAAUGAUUGGAAUGGUCAAUAGAGGGGAAGCCGACAUGGCCAUGUGUAGUCCUGCAAUAUCGGAGGAAAGAAGAUCGGCUGUUUACUUCAGUUAUCCAUAUGAUAUAGAACAAAUUGUUUUUGCCACCAAAGCACCCGGAUACUUGUCGAAGUAUUUUGCAUACUUCUAUCCGUUUUCAUCCAGUGUCUGGCUUAUAAUUAUAACUGUAAUUUUGACAUUGCCCUUCUUGUGGAAAAUUCUUUUAAAAUACAAUUUACGAAUAAGUAAACUGUGGUCGAAUGUUUUCAUUAGCUUUUUAAAUGGUGGAACAAACAUAAAACCUGCUACCUUGCCAGAUUAUAUUCUUUUAGGGACCUGGAUACCGAUGGUUUCAUUCCUUACUUUCUCUUACACUGCUGUCUUAUUAUCUUUCUUAACUCUACCACUUCAUGAAACAAUCGUUCGAGAUGUUUCUGAGCUAUCUGUGGCCAUCAGAAAUGGUAAAUACCGAUGCAUGGUAUACGAAGGCACAGGGAUUAAGGACAUACUAAAAGGUUCACCUACAACAGCUGUCAAAUUAAUAGGAACCGCUGUAGAAAACAACAACUGGUACAUCAAACCAUCACUGAAAAAUGUUGGAAAAGCACUCUCAGAAAAAAACGUUGCUGUUGUUUCUACUAGAUCCUUCUUUGAAGAUCAUUUUCUUGGAAGAGCUGUUCUUUCUCAUGAUUAUUUCCACCUUGCUUAUUUCGGACUAGUACUCAACAAGCAUUUUUGCUGUAAGAAAGCUUUGGAACGAACUCUGAGUCGAAUACAGGCAAGUGGUUUAUUUGAGAAAGUCAAAAGACAUUACCAAUUUAGAGCACGUCUUAAAUUUGGCAAGCAUAAAAUAGAAUCCUUGACCACUAUGAGCCCAUUAACAACCGAGGAUCUCUCUGGAGCGUUUCUGAUGUGGCUUCUAGGAAUAUGCACUUCAGCCUUCGUAUUGCUUUUGGAGUUUCUGUUGAGAAAAGUCACUGCAACUUGA